AAAACCAAACCCACAAGGAACCACAACCAAACCCACAAGGAACCACAAUCUCUCAAGCCAAAGCAACCCUUGAGAGAGGCGAUGAGAAAAUGCUGAAUUGGAAAAUGGUUGGUUUGUUUGCUUGUCUUUCAGAAUCUAACUAAAGUUUCCUUCUGCACUCAACAAGAAGGCCUCAGCUUUUCUUCUUCUGCUGCUGCAAGAUCUGCAUAUUUCCAGUCUUUCGAGUGUUGUACAAUCAGUGUCAACUAAGAUGACUUUGGGCGACUGCACGGUUAAUCCAUUGGGUUGUAAUGGAGGCAUGAACAAGGACAAGCCCUUUAAGAUCUUUGUGGGUUAUGAUCAACGUGAGGACAUUGCAUAUGAGGUUUGUCGACACUCAAUAUUGAAGAGAUCUUCAAUCCCAGUUGAGAUCAUACCACUUAAACAAUCUGAUCUGAGAAAGGAAGGCCUAUAUUGGCGUGAAAGAGGCCAACUGGAGAGCACAGAGUUUUCUUUUACUCGGUUCUUGACUCCAUAUUUGGCCAACUAUGAAGGUUGGGCAGUGUUCGUGGAUUGUGAUUUUCUUUACCUAGCUGACAUUAAGGAGCUAAGAGAUUUGGUUGAUGAGAAAUAUGCCAUCAUGUGUGUUCAACAUGAUUACAUCCCAAAGGAGACAACAAAAAUGGAUGGAGCAUUGCAAACUGUGUACCCUAGGAAGAAUUGGUCUUCCAUGGUGUUGUACAAUUGUGAACAUCCCAAAAACCGGGUCUUGACGCCGGAGGUUGUGAACACACAAACCGGCGCUUUUCUUCAUAGGUUUCAGUGGCUUGAGGAUGAAGAAAUUGGGUCCAUCCCAUUUGUUUGGAAUUUUCUUGAGGGACAUAACCAAGUUGUUGAAGGUAAUCCCCGGACUUUCCCUAAGGCAAUACACUAUACUCGGGGAGGACCGUGGUUUGAGGCUUGGAAGAAUUGCGAGUUUGCAGACCUGUGGUUGAAUGAAAUGGAGACGUACCUGCAGGAAUGUAUAGUGGUUAUUAAUAGUAGCUAGGUAUUGCAUUGUAUUCUUACGAUUCGUUGUGUAACAUUUAGCUCGUUAUGCAGUAUUUGUACUAUAUUAAUUAAAGUAAUCUGUAUUUCUUUCUUGUACAUUUUAAACCUUUAUGAAUAUGGUUUCAA